GCAGAUUAAUUGUUGUUAGUUAUCCUCGACUCUGAAUGUCAGUCACUUGAAUUUGAGGGAAUUGCAAUUCAUUGAUUGCCUUUUUUUUCAAAUACGAUGGAGGCAUCUGCUGAUAGAAUUUCCCGCUGGACAUUUUCAAGCCUCUUGAUUCUCUCCUUACUGCAGCAAUAUGGUACGGUGAUUUGUUGGAAUUUAGAAAUUUAACCAAAUUUUGUUACAUAACUGAGUGCAAUACUUACAAUAUAAACCACUUCAUUUCGUUCAUUGAUUGAGAAAAUGGUCAAACAAAAUAGCAAAUAAAUGAAUGAAUGGGUGAAAUUGCUUCGAUCGAUUAAAACGGACUUGCAACUGGGUAUUUUUAAGACAUUCAGUCUUAAAGUUCUCCAAAGUUAACCAUCGUUCAAAAUCCGUCAAAAUUGACGAAAAAACAGAUGGAUAAAGUCAGGCGGAUUGUCCAUCCAAAAUUAAGACCGUUCCAUUUUCAAAUUAAGGCGUAUAUAUUAUCUGCCUGACGCGAAUUAUCCAACGGAUAGCCCGUCUCUAGUGUGAAUACGGCCAUCAUUAUCGAGAAGCUGCGUUUUUGUGGAUGUCUUCGCUGCAAGCCUAAUUAAUAUUGCCCUUGGAAAAAAGUUCUGUUAAUUUGGAUAUUGCCGUAGUUAAUACGGUAAAAUUCCGAAAACAAGCCCCGGGAAUUAUAUUUUUCAAAGGCCCUUUUUAUUCGGAGGGGCUUAUAUACGGGGGGAAAUUUGCGUCUCAAAAUCGAUUGGGCUAGCCUUAUAGUUAGAAGUAAAUUUACCGUUUUUGCUUUGUUUUACGUUGUAUUUGAGGACAAUUUCCCAAGUACAUGCCCCCGGGGGGCUUAUAUUUGGAGGGGCGAUUUAACGGAGGGUUUUUCGCGUAACCGGAUUGGGGAGAUUAUAUUUGGAGGGGCUUAUUUUCGGAAUUUUACGGUAGUAUUAUAGUGGUAGAUAUAUGCUUACUGUCGAACUUUGAUUCGGGUAAAACUGGAAACGAUAUCCAUUACAGUUAGAACAAGAACGCUUGUAUAGGCUUUGCGUUGAGCUUGUUUGGAGAAAAGAUAAGAAAUGAAGAAGCGAUUAAGUUUUCACGAAACAGGAUUUUCUUGCUUAAAGUUUUUCACAUCCUACUCUAUCGACGGUCGAGUCUUCUUAAGGAUAUGUUGGAAAUGACCAUACUCUUUAUUCCGACUUUUAAAUAAUUUUUCCGUACAUUGACUCUUAAUAACUUGCCUUUCCGAGUUAUACAGACGAUAUAAAACCCAUACCAACUCGAGAGUCAAUGAAUGAUCUGAUUACAUCCUAUGAUCUCUCUAACGCCUAUUUACAUCACGUGUUCUUGAGCUAUUGCCAAGUCCUAUCUCGUUUACAACAGGAUAUUCAUAAUCGACGAUUUGUUUCUGAAUUAAUUGAGCACGCGUCUAUAAAUAUAUGAAAAUCAAUGCAAGAGCCUCGAUUCGAGAGAAAAAGAGCAGAAACGUGAUGAACAUGGCGUGUCAUUUCAAUAAUCGCCGACAUAAACCGCAUGCUCAUCACAAGACUCAUUUGCAUACAAUGAAAGUUUGCAACACCAGACCAGACUGCUUCCCUAUCGAACUUUUGCUCAUGAGGAUCCUUCUCUUUUUCGACGAUUGAAGUAUUUACUUGUUUCAAAGUAAUUAACACUUUCAAGUGAUAGAACUCGUGGACCAACCCGUUCCGUUUUCGGCAUUUUUCUAAUUGACCUUUCCAAAGCUUUCUUCAUUACUCUCUGAAAAACCUUUAUAUUUCUGUAUGUUGUUAGUCACGAAGCCGGCGUUGCAGCAGGCUAUCAGUCACGUCGCGAUGCUUAUCCCCAGUUUCCACGGUCUCCGCUAGUAACGCCUGGGACUAUGAUCCACUUUUUAAAGUCACUAAUAGGGCCAUGUGAACAAUUAUAUCUCAAGAAAUCUUGAAAUAAAGGACCAGUUGGUGAAUGGUUUAAGAAACGAAAUCAAAUGACAUCAUUUUAUUUAUUUAUGUAGAUACAUUUCAAGAACUUCACAUGAUUAUCGAAUAUGAUGAUCGGCAUCAAGCACUAAAUUAUUCAUGUCACUGACCUUUAGUUUACGAUCAGGAAAAAAAAGACCUUAAAGGAGCUGUGUCACGAAAUACAAUAAUAUAUAGAUUUAGCCAGGGCUAAAAGUAGUAUACUAGGGUCAAAGAUAAGCCUCGUGGGUACGUUCCCUUGCGUUCCGUGUGCGUUCCCUUAAUUAAUAUGCAUAUGGGUCGAGUCUAUGACGUCACCCAUUGUUAUAACCUAGGGAAAAUAUGCCUUCCUCCAUAUUAAGUAAGUGUCUUCCUUCAUACUAAUUCGGUAUAGGUUUACUAAUGAGCGAAUACUACAAUAGGCUUGCCCGUUAAGUAACUUGAGCCCGGUUGUCGGACCGUCUAUUAAAAGGAAAAUAGGAAUAAGAGAAGCGAUCACCUAGCAACGCGAGAAACGGCUUCCUAUAUCUUAUUUAGCGCUAAAACUCAGAUAUAUAAACAAAACACAAACAGAGGAGAGGAGCUGAAAACUCUUUAUUUCAAGUUUGUUUGACUAUUACAGAACCGUUUUCUCCUAUCUAUCUCGAGGACAUGAAAACCUAUUAAAGUCUCAGAGUUUCACGCACCGUUAGUCAGUUAAUUAUGCGAGUUCAUAAGCCCAAAGUUGAAUACAAAUUAGUUCAUCUUUACAGCUAGACCCAAGGUAGAGAAUCUUGACGUAUUAGUAUAAACACACACACACACACAAAACUAAUUAAUAACCUGACAAGGAUCAAUUGAUUAAACACGCGACUAAUAAUUGCUAGCAAUAAAAUCAGACACGAGAUACCGUUUAAAACAAAAAGAGUCAAAUACCCAGCGAUUUGAAAGAAAUCUAUUAAAAUAGUCAAAGAAAGCAAGCUAUCUUUUUUUACCACGUUUCCCUCCUCGAUUUUUUUUCAUUCCCUCCUCCACAAUUUUAUUAUUUUCGCUCCUCAUUCUUGAAUUCCACGCAUAAAAUAUUCAAAACAAAAUUAACUUUAGACUUGCUACAAGUCUACCUCACAAGUUUCUUAGCGAGCGGAGAGGAGUAGAGCGAGCUUUUUAGGCAGCGAAGCGGCCAAUGCACUAUAUCAAAUCGGACGAAGGACAGUUUUGGAAAGUCUAAAUUAACUUGUAAUGGCAACAACAUAUUCAGGAUAUUUACUGUAAACUCUGAUUUGUAUCUUCAGUUAUGAAAUGACGUUGGUUUGUAAAGAUUUCCUACAUUACUUGUUCCAGGUUAUAUAAAAAUCUUAAAGAGUUCAAACUUUAAAAAAAUAAAUAAAAUGAAGUUGAGAACGCUGAAAUCGCAAAUUUCGAUGCCCUUUUUCAUAUUUGCAGUCAAAAUCGCGAAGAUAAAACUCGAAAAAUACUGUCUCGUCAAAUCGCGAAAUUAUUAAAAUAAGUACCAAUUGAAAGGAGGAACAAAACGAAACAAAAAGAGGAACGGAUCGACAAACUUGAAAAAGAUUCAAACUCAUUGCAAUUGUGGUUUUUGAAAACUUGCAAGCCUAGCAGUUUUUCAAAGUUUAUUUUUAACAACAGUGUUGUUUGCAACGUUUGAAAUAAUGCUUGGUAGUCAUAUUUGUUUGCUUUUGUCGUUCACAUGUCGUUCACAUGUAACGCUUAAGCAACAGCGUUUUUGAGCGAGGGGCGUCAACAACCAUAAGUGGACUUUUUGCAUCAUUGGGCAGUGGUUUGGUUCAAACUCUCGGGUAAAUCUAGCCUGCUCAGCGUGGCGGUUUUGGUUGGGCGCGCUAAGUAAUAUAGGCGGGCGGUCAGGCGGGAGAGGGCUGAGAAAUCGAGAGAGAAUAUUGGGGCGGGAACAGCGAAAAACUAAACAAGUUGUCAACAGGAUCUCAAAAUGAGUUGAAGGGGGUGGCAGUUGAAAAGGCCACGAAUCCAGGCAGGCAGUUCUUAUUUUUGACGCGGCUUCGCCGCUAAGUAGUGUUCCCGACAAAACCGCCAUGCUACGCAGUCUAUCGUAAAUCGUCUUUAUAAGAGAAAAGAAACUUAGCAAUACAAAUUUGUUAGCGUCAAGGCAGAUAAAAAGGGAGAAGGCCUCACUUCCGGUUGACAUGCGUCGCUCAAAAACGUCUUUGCAAAAGUUCCCUAUUAUUUACAAUACGAAAUAGAUAGCCGUGACACAGUCCCUCUUAAGUAUUCCCCUCCAGAAAAAUAUAUCUGUGGUCAAUUGACAGCUGUCAAAACAGUGUAUCCGCUGAUCAGGGUCACAUGACCGUAUUGCGGGCUCAGGUGCCAACUCAUCGAGGUCACGUGUUUUUCUCCUAAAGUUAAGUAUAGAUUUGUGGAUUUCUUUGUAAUGGUUUAAAGUUUAUUACCUGAAGCAAAUUUAAUAUGUAUAUGUACCUGGAUUUUUGAAAACCAGGUUAGCAAAAAUAUCAACUCAUUCUACUACUUGGCAAUUUAAAACAAUAAAACUCAUUCAACGGCCGAUUAAAAGCCUUUAUCUGACGCCGGGCAGUAAGUUAAUGGUAUAGGGGGGGCUAUAAUCGGAUGUAUUUUUUUUGUUGUUUACAUGGAGACGGGCUUAUAAUAGGUGGGGGGGGGUCAUAGGUGGGCCGGGGAACUUGUAAGCGGCAGUUUACGGUAUUACAAAUUAAUCAUGUUCCUGAACAUAUUUUCGGCCCAUAUAUGAGGUAAACCCCUAGGCAAAUCCUUAAACAUCAAAGGCCUCAAAGCCUAUUAGAAUGAAUUUUUCAUUAAUUUAAACUCCGGAUCUAAAAUGGCCUAUUAUAAAUCGUUAUAAGCGAUAUAAGGAUUAUAUUAUCAUCAUUUUGUUUAUCAGCCGGACUUCAAACGUCAUGUUUGACGAGGUUUGAUCUCUUAUGGGUGAGUUGCUUGGCUAUCGUAGCUGGGACGAAACACACACAAUAAAAUUUUGUACCCUUACCAAAUCAUUUAAAGCCAGCUUGACUAAAAACCUCAUUGAAACAACAAUAUAUAAAACUUUAUCUCUUCCUUUUCGAUUUUAGAAAGUUUGAACUCUUUAGUUUCUUUGGUAGAUUCUGAACCGACUUUAACUCCAGUCAUUGGGAAUAAACUUUAUGUAACGAGCGGAUCCAGUUCAUUUGAUUUGUCCUGGAACUACAACACUGAUGGACGUACAAUCAAAGAAGUAGCUCUGAAAUACGUUGGCACAGGAAAUAAUGAUGUGACUGUGGCCGAGAGGACACCUACCUCCCGACUUCAAGUGAAUCCGGCAAGUUUCUACUCCGGAAGGAUCACCUUCUUCGGAUCAUUGACAGCAAAUGUUGGAAAGAUUACAUUCAGAAUAUCGAACAUUGUUCAAAGUGACAGCCGGAUAUUUAAAUGCGACCUAUCUUUCAUGUCAUUUAAUCCCCCUGAUGUGCAAAACGCUGUUGAACUUGUUGUAAUCGGUGAGUAUGCAUGUAAAAUAAAAAUACUAUGUUGGACAACAUAAUUAAACAGCAUUCCAAAGAAAUUUAAAAAUCCUUAAAAAAUAGCUUUGUCGGGUACCCUUAAAUUGUAGUAACGUCAAGUCGCUUAAUUAUAUCAAUGAAAUUAACUUGAAGAAAUUCACCAUCCUUUUGCCUCAGAUAUUAUAAGAGAACUUCACAAACGUAUAGCUUAAUCAUACACGUAAUUAUUAAACAACACAGUUGACAACGGAACGUCGUUAUAGGCCAUCGAGCUUCCCUUUAAUAAUAAUAAUAAUAAUAAUUAUAAUAAUAAUAAUAAUAAUAAUAAUAGACACUCAUAUAACGCGGUAUCCGCACUAAUUGCUCAAAGCGCUGUUCAAUAAUAUGGUAAGAAACUAGAGUUAAAAACUAGAGUUAAAAAAUAAAGCUACUAAAAUCAAACAUCGUAGGCUAAUUUAAAUAAGUAUGUCUUCAACUGCGUCCUGAACUGGUCGACAGAUGUAACACCCCUGAGUUCAGGGGGCAAUUGGUUCCAUAACCUAGGAGCAGCUGCGGAAAAAGCCCUAUCACCAUACGUCUUUAACCUAGUCCUAGGCACGGCUAGAAAAUUCUGGGAACUAGAACGAAGUAAUCGUGGACAAUUAGUGUAGCGUAAAAGUUCGGAUAGGUAAGUUGGUGCCAAGCCAUUUAGAAAUUUGUAAACUAAGAGUAAAAUUUUAAAAUGUAUACGAUAAUUUAGCGGUAACCAAUGAAGUGUGAACAGGAUAGGAAUGAUAUGGUCAAACCGCUUAGAUAAUGUAACAAUGCGUGCAGCAGUGUUUUGUAUCAAUCUUAACCUGUUUAACAGGUGUUUAACAGGAAGACCAUAUAACAAAGAGUUACAGUUAUCGAGUUUAGAGCUAAUAAACGCAUGUACUAAAAUUUGAGAGGUAUCUUCCUGAUCUUAGCUACAUUCCUUAAAUGAUACUGACAGGAAACGCAGAUUUUGUUAACAUGGUCGGUUAAAUCAUAACUCUGAUCUUCCCUUUCUACGACAGGGCAGCGGUCACUCAGCUGUAAACAGUGGAACCCCGUUCUACGGACACCCUCUUAAUACGGAAACCCGUAUAUAACGGACACCUCCGUUUGUCGUGACGAAAAGCUCAUUUAUCCGCAAGAUAAAUGAUAAAAAUGAUUCACCUACUGAUUUUCCAUUAUCUUUCUCAGUUCGUCCAAGAUUUAAUCCUCCUCAUACACUGCCCACAACUAAACUUAUAAGGAACGAGAAUGAAUCUGUGGAGUAUACAUGUGUCGCUGAAGCGAAACCUUAUGCAGUAUUUGUUUGGAUGCUGAAUGGGAAGAAUCUGACACACACCCCACCUUAUAACAUCACAGAAAGGAUUAUUGGGCCUUCUUCGAAGAUCUUCACGACUUUUGCAUACCUAAACAUAAAGCAUCUCACCUGGCAGCAGUAUGGGAAUUUUUCUUGUGUGGCAAUCAAUGAGGGAGGAACAAGAACACAGAGGACAGAACUUGAAGUCAGAUGUAAGUAACCGAUAAGACUCAACAGCAAUAAUCUAAGCCCCCCCCCCUCACCUUGACAAAAAAUCUCUGAGCUGGCAACAUUGCAAAAUCUAUGAUGUCAGAGGGGUAACAGUGCAAUGUUACUCUCGAACGUUGACGACGACGGCCGUUACAACGAGAUUUAAAGGUUUUCAAAGCAAGUUUCCAGCUAUUUAACAAAUCAGUAAAAGACUAGUCCCUUUGGGAAACAGUUAAUUUUGUUUCCCUCGAGACCAGUCAUUAAGUGUUUAUCAUCCUUAGUCGAAAAGGCUGACAAGUCCCGACCUAUUGUUCUUACUAGAACACUGAUAUUGGCGAUUUGAAAUACCCCAAGGAUUGAAAUUCAAAACACCUCCGCGGUGGUUUCUGAUUUAUCUGCAUUGGUCAGUGGAAGAAGUCCUCCACUGAAUCCAGAUAAGGUAGCUUACGGAAUAUUUCUUGUUUCGCUGGGAUUUGUCAAUUGUGUGGGAAGAAGUAAAACGAAAAAUGAAAUCCUUGAUCGCAUUAGAUUUUCCUAAACCAGCGUUACAGUGUUGCUUAGGCAUACUUGUCAAUGAUUAAGUAGGUAGCAGGCUCGCCUACUCGAGCUACUCUGGGCGAAACAACUUUUUUUACAUUUCGUAACAAAACUGGGCGAACCGUUUACAUUAUAAACAAAGCUGGCCCUGCUAGAAAGGCGACUUAGCCGGAUCACUCUUUCUCAAAGGUACAUAGCCUAGGUCCUAGCCGGACCUACCUUUCUUCAUAUAAAUCACUUUGGCUUGCCCAGCCGGGUCAACACGAUCAAGAGGAGAGACAAUCAGAGCAUGCGCAACCGCUGUUGUCAGCCCUUGUCCCGGACAAAGGGGUCAAUUGUUUUCUCAUAGAGACGCUCACUAAAGUUGCCUCGGCCGGGAAUAAAUGGGGUCUUAGGAUUUGAUUUUUCUGAUCCCGUCUUUAUGUUUAUGUUUUCAGAUCGGCCGGUUGUUCAGUCUCCUUCUGAUCAUCCUCAAAGCAUCGUACUGACAGAAGGAGAGACAGCAUCUUUCUACUGUAAAACAACCGGUAAUCCACCAGCCACAGCUCACAAAUGGCAGUUUAAUGGAAAUGAUCUGCCAGGGGAAUCUUGCAGCCUUUGCACAUCAACAACUUUGAUAAUAAGAUCCGUAGCAAAGAAAGAUGAGGGUUGGUAUGGCUGCGUUGGAUCUAAUUCAAUGGGGGAAGGACCCCGUGCAGAAGCACAGUUGUCAAUUAAACGUGAGUAAUCAAUGAGUAACUAUUAUGCUUGCUCCGUAAGUUGAUCAACUGAUGUGCUGCCGAACAGGGUUAUGGUUUUCAGGGUCUUCAGUCUCAAAAAAGGUAUACAAUUUCACUAUUUAGUGUCUCAAAAAUGUUGUCUCUAUUGCAAGAUAAAACAAAAUAAAAUAAAGCUACUAAAAUCAAACAUCGUAGGCUAAUUUAAAUAAGUAUGUCUUCAAUUGCGUCCUGAACUGGUCGACAGAUGUAUCACCCCUGAGUUCAGGGGGCAAUUGGUUCCAUAACCUAGGAGCAGCUGCGGAAAAAGCCCUAUCACCAUACGUCUUUAACCUAGUCCUAGGCACGGCUAGAAAAUUCUGGGAACUAGAACGAAGUAAUCGUGGACAAUUGGUGUAGCGGAAAAGUUCGGAUAGGUAAGUUGGUGCCAAGCCAUUUAGACAUUUGUAAACUAAGAGUAAAAUUUUAAAAUGUAUACGAUAAUUUAGCGGUAACCAAUGAAUUUUGAACAGGAUAGGAAUGAUAUGGUCAAACCGCUUAGAUAAUGUAACAAUGCGUGCAGCAGUGUUUUGUAUCAAUCUUAACCUGUUUAACAGGUGUUUAACAGGAAGACCAUAUAACAAAGAGUUACAGUUAUCGGGUUUAGAGCUAAUAAACGCAUGCACUAAAAUUUGAGAGGUAUCUUCCUGAUCUUAGCUACAUUCCUUAAAUGAUACUGACAGGAAACGCAGAUUUUGUUAACAUGGUCGGUUAAAUCAUAACUCUGAUCUUCCCUUUCUACGACAGGGCAGCGGUCACUCAGCUGUAAACAGUGGAACCCCGUUCUACGGACACUCUCUUAAUACGGAAACCCGUAUAUAACGGACACCUCCGUUUGUCUUGACGAAAAGCUCAUUUAUCCGCAAGAUAAAUGAUAAAAAUGCGUCACCUACUGAUUUUCCAUUAUCUUUCUCAGGUCGUCCAAGAUUUAAUCCUCCUCAUACACUGCCCACAACUAAACUUAUAAGGAACGAGAAUGAAUCUGUGGAGUAUACAUGUGUCGCUGAAGCGAAACCUUAUGCAGUAUUUGUUUGGAUGCUGAAUGGGAAGAAUCUGACACACACCCCACCUUAUAACAUCACAGAAAGGAUUAUCGGGCCUUCUUCGAAGAUCUUCACGACUUUUGCAUACCUAAACAUAAAGCAUCUCACCUGGCAGCAGUAUGGGAAUUUUUCUUGUGUGGCAAUCAAUGAGGCAGGAACAAGAACACAGAGGACAGAACUUGAAGUCAGAUGUAAGUAACCGAUAAGACUCAACAGCAAUAAUCUAAGCCCCCCCCCCCUCACCUUGACAAAAAAUCUCUGAGCUGGCAACAUUGCAAAAUCUAUGACGUCAGAGGGGUAACAGUGCAAUGUUACUCUCGAACGUUGACGACGACGGCCGUUACAACGAGAUUUAAAAGUUUUCAAAGCAAGUUUCCAGCUAUUUAACAAAUCAGUAAAAGACUAGUCCCUUUGGGAAACAGUUAAUUUUGUUUCCCUCGAGACCAGUCAUUAAGUGUUUAUCAUCCUUAGUCGAAAAGGCUGACAAGUCCCGACCUAUUGUUCUUACUAGAACACUGAUAUUGGCGAUUUGAAAUACCCCAAGGAUUGAAAUUCAAAACACCUCCGCGGUGGUUUCUGAUUUAUCUGCAUUGGUCAGUGGAAGAAGUCCUCCACUGAAUCCAGAUAAGGUAGCUUACGGAAUAUUUCUUGUUUCGCUGGGAUUUGUCAAUUGUGUGGGAAGAAGUAAAACGAAAACCGAAAUCCUUGAUCGCAUUAGAUUUUCCUAAACCAGCGUUACAGUGUUGCUUAGGCAUACUUGUCAAUGAUUAAGUAGGUAGCAGGCUCGCCUACUCGAGCUACUCUGGGCGAACCAACUUUUUUUACAUUUUGUAACAAAACUGGGCGAACCGUUUACAUUAUAAACAAAGCUGGCCCUGCUAGAAAGGCGACUUAGCCGGAUCACUCUUUCUCAAAGGUACAUAGCCUAGGUCCUAGCCGGACCUACCUUUCUUCAUAUAAAUCACUUUGGCUUGCCCAGCCGGGUCAACACGAUCAAGAGGAGAGACAAUCAGAGCAUGCGCAACCGCUGUUGUCAGCCCUUGUCCCGGACAAAGGGGUCAAUUGUUUUCUCAUAGAGACGCUCACUAAAGUUGCCUCGGCCGGGAAUAAAUGGGGUCUUAGGAUUUGAUUUUUCUGAUCCCGUCUUUAUGUUUAUGUUUUCAGAUCGGCCGGUUGUUCAGUCUCCUUCUGAUCAUCCUCAAAGCAUCGUAUUGACAGAAGGAGAGACAGCAUCUUUCUACUGUAAAACAACCGGUAAUCCACCAGCCACAGCUCACAAAUGGCAGUUUAAUGGAAAUGAUCUGCCAGGGGAAUCUUGCAGCCUUUGCACAUCAACAACUUUGAUAAUAAGAUCCGUAGCAAAGAAAGAUGAGGGUUGGUAUGGCUGCGUUGGAUCUAAUUCAAUGGGGGAAGGACCCCGUGCAGAAGCACAGUUGUCAAUUAAACGUGAGUAAUCAAUGAGUAACUAUUAUGCUUGCUCCGUAAGUUGAUCAACUGAUGUGCUGCCGAACAGGGUUAUGGUUUUCAGGGUCUUCAGUCUCAAAAAAGGUAUACAAUUUCACUAUUUAGUGUCUCGAAAAUGUUGUCUCUUUUGCUCGAAACCUUUCUCUUUUUCAAAGUGUAUGAAGGUUGGCGAUGAGCGGUAUACAUGUGUGGCACCAAUAAUUUUUCUUUCAAAAAUGAUCUUUUUCCACGAUGUUAGUUUAAAAAAAUGUCUUUAUUCUGUAUGGAAACAAAAUAAAUCAGGGUUAUUAACUGAGAAUUCUCAUGUUUUAAAUUUACAGGAUAGCAAGGUGAACAGUUUUUUCUAAAACAAGGCCAGGGUUUGAAGACCUCUGCGGCACACCUCUGUUCAACUUUCCCUUAUGUGCCUGCCCUCCGGACAUUUAAACACGACCUACUUUUAUUUCCUCUAGUAAAGGUUGGAAAUGGAUUGAUACUUGAAAAAAAUUGGCCAACUUUUCUAAGGUGCUAAGGUCUAUUAGAGGGUCUGGAUGGGGGCGGGGGGUUACAAAUGUCAGUUGUCAGUUAAAAUUUUGGCCACUUAUCAGUUAAUUGGCUGUUAAUAAUUAAUUAAGUAAUUUAGUUAUUUCUUUUUUAGCGAAAAUUUAGCUCAAAAGGCACAUUAAAUGUAAAUUGUAUCACUAAUUCGAAAAUUGCUACACUAAUAACCUUUUUUUCAAAUUUGGAGUUGAAUUCAUUACAAGCGGCUUUCUAUCGUUACUCUCCUGCUUGCCCGAGCAUAACAUUCCUCUCUAACCCUUAGACCCUUAGCUCAUCAAUAUUCACCUUCAAAAUAUUUGAAGUAUAUCGUGAGAAAGACAAACAAAUAUCGGAAGAGUUCUUUCUUUUUUUGUUCAUUUGAUUUGAUUGGGUAUUGUUUGUCAAUGGCUCAAUUGUGAUAAAUGUUACAUAGUCCAUUACGUGAAAACAAGAGCGAAAAUAUUCUGAAAGCGUAGCAGUACCCAGACGGUUUCCGGACAAACUUGCAUGCUUAUAUUUUCACCACUACAUGAAACAAAUACACAAGCACUAAGAAUACAUACUGUUCAUUUCGCUUCCUGAGUCAUCCAGCAAACUUGGAAGCUCCAGCUUCCACUGGUCGUCCGUUGCGGUGGCGAAGUUAUCACUUUUCCCGCCCGGUUUCGGUGCCAUCCGAUAAAGCUUUAUAUCGAAAUCUCCAAGACCGUAUUUAAUUGUUAGUUCCUUCAGACCAAGGAAUUGAAAUAAGGUGCUUUUUGAGAGCAUGUACUGUAUUUAAGUCAUUUAUCAGAAUACGGCCUCUAUGUCUUUCGAAUGCCGUAUCCGAAUUAACGCGGUAAAAGCUUACAAUCGCUUUAAUAACGCCAGCAUUGGCAGCCAUCAUUUAAGCUGGCGCGUGCUCGGGACUGCUCAGCGUGAGUUUGUAAGUUCGAGAUCAGAGGUGAAAAUUAUGACCCUGAUGUACAUGGGUCAUACAGUAAAUUAUUAACGAAAUAUGACAAUCAAGCGUCCUGCUGCUAAGAUUUAAUAUAAAACGUACAUUUGUAUGACGAAAAGAGUAAAACAUUGUUAUUUACAACGGGUUUUGAAGGAUAUUUAGGGCAAUAAGAUCUUUUGACAGUUGUCAGUUAAAAUUUUGGCCAUUUGUCAGUUGUCAGUUAACCCCAUCCAGACCCUCCUAAUACUAUGUCUGCAAAAAUUACCAAAAAAAAUAUUAUGGCUAGUGCUUCCAGACGGAAUUUGUUUGAUAAGGGACCGGUCAUUAUUUAUCGCCGGGGGGGGAUUUUAGGGGGGAUCACUUGAUUUUGGGGAGAACAAUAGGGGAGAUCAGUCGUAACUAAGAACCCAAAAGGGGGGAUCACUGAAAACUUUAGAGGGAUUCAGAGGGGUGACCACUCGACAGUCGCGAAAGUCAUCAAAAGUUAUUAGGGGACUUAUUAGGGGGAAUCACUCCAGUGAAGUAACAUUCAAAGGAGGGAUCGGCUAAAUUUCACCUUGUUUAGCCCCAAAUCCUCCAUCCUCCCCCAACACCCAGGGGAUAAGAAAUGACCGGUCCCUAACAUCUUCAUAACUCAGCAAGAGCAUGUUGUGUUUAGGUAAAGACACUAAGUUAUGACUAUAGUAGGGAAUUGACCUACAACAGCAAUAUCCUCGUGACCUUAUUGCACCUUUAAUGCAUUGUUAGUUGGUGUUUUCUUUGUUCCUGCAGCCCUAUCAACGAGUCCAGUCCCAGGUAUAAUUACACCUUCGCCAGGUAUUCAUUAGUUAAGUUUAAUUAUUUUUCAUUAUACUCACCCCAGUUUCUGUCUUCUCAUUGGCUAAGAGACUACUUUUAGCUAAUUUUGAAACUAAUCAUCGUAACCUACAAGUUAUUGAGUUAUCUGGCCUUAUAUUUAUACGUUGCGCUCGCAUUGUACGAUUUUCAAACCAAACCGGCAAAUAUGUCAAAUGUGUUCCGUGUGACAAUCAAUUGUUGGAUUCGGUCUUUGCGAUAUUUUGAAUAAUCAAUGGCAGGUCUCGGUAAGUGGUAUUAUCCGGACGAGGCUGAUUAUUCUGGAUAUUACAAAAAAACUUAUCAAAUUUUCCAAUUUUCAAUAAAAUUUGUUGUUGUUUUUGUUGUUGUUGUUGUUUGUUUUUUGUUGUUUUACUGUUGUUUUGAUGUUUUUGUUGUUUUGUUUUUUCGUUUUGUUUUUUUUGUUGUUGUUUUGUUUAUAUUAAUUCAGUCAAGCGGAAAAGAAAAUUAAUUUAACAUUCAACAACAGCAACAACAAUAAGCAUUACUUGCAUGACCAUAACAAAAUAUUACAGUAUUGCAAAAGCUACUUGAAAUUAAUCAUUGAUUCCUUGCAAAUUAAAUAUUUAGAAUAAUUUUAAACGUAUUAAUCAUUGCUUAUUUCUAACCAUCAGUAGGAUUAAUUAUUCCGGAGAUAAGUUUGUCUCUCAAUUCAAAGCAAGUUGAUAUAAAUGAAAUUAAUUGGAUGUUAAUAAAAUAGUCAGUAGAAUUCAUCAGAUGUGAUAAUAAGGACUCAUGUGAAUGUAGUCGUAUAAACGGUAUUUUAGGUUCUAGUUUAGAGAAGAACAUAUCUCUUAUCGAAGAAAAACUUGGACAAUCUGAUAAAAAGUGAGUUUCAUCUUCAAUUCUGUUACAAUUGCAGAGAUUGCAUAACCUUUCGUCACGUGAUAUAUUGUCGUAUCUACCUGUCUCGAUCCUAAGUUUGUGACUGCUUAUUCUCAGUUUCACUAAUGUUUUCCUAGAAGGGUUGUUUCUUGUUAGAUCUAGGUAGGCAGAAGGGCUAUAAUUCGUUUUGAUUUUAUAAUAAAAGUUAAGUUUUUGUGAAUGUUGAAGGGCAUGAUUCCAGUAAGAGAUAUAUUUCUUUUGCAUAAGAUAUACAUAUUGCUUAAUUUUACGUUUAUUCAAUAAAUUACAAUUAAAGCCUGGGAAAUCAUAGUAGUCAGUCAUCUUCUUAAGAGUGGAGUAAAAACUAUUUUGACCACUAUGAUAAAGGUCAACAGAUAUUUUUAAAGAUUGUUUAACUAUAGAAUUUUCAUCUUUUCAUCAUCUUUUCAAGAUAGUUUAAAUAAUUAAGUAUCUUUUUAUUCAUAUCAAUGAUCAAAGGGAAUCUGCCAAUUUUGUGAAGACAAGAGGGUAUAAUUGGACGGAGAAGGAAUCUUAGGGCAUUAAAGUAAAGUUAUUUUAGAGGUUGUAAUUAAACGGAAGUAUAAUUCCUGAGACCUCAGCACAUUCUUGGCGAAGGUUAUUCUUGCUGGGACUCAACGAAUAACAUCCCCUGGUGACAUUUAAAUGUACUGUCGACCUCUCUAAACAAAUUGCAGUCAACAAGUAGAUGUUUUGAUGUCAAACUCAUUAUUCUCUUAUUUACGUUUCAAACAUAUCCCAUUAACUUAGCUACACACAAAACCCUGCGAAUUAAACCUUGUGCUAAUAACACGUUUGUGCUUAUAUUACAAUUAGUUUAUUGUAUUAUGCACAAAAUUUUAAUUCAUUUCUACUUUUUCGAAUUUUUUUUAGCAAUGCCCACCACUCGGCCUUCACCAAUGAGUAAGUAUCUAAAACUCAUACAAAUUAUUGGUCAAGCAGAAAAAAGAAUAAUCCUCUGACAGAUCUAAAGUGCCUUGUUUAAUAUGUUAGGAAUCUGAAGCAAAUAUGAAAACGAAGACAGCGAAAAUGACGUAAAAAAAAUGCUCCCUAGGAUAAGCUAAAAGCACCCAAAGCUUAAGCUAAGAGUGUUACGUGAAUCACUGAAAACAGGAUUCUAACGUCAUAUGACUUUAUAGAACCUCCAUUUUGAAUUUUGAUCCCCUCAGAUACCCAGUUAACAACGACGUGAACAUACUGAAAUAUUUAUUUUAGCAUUUUAUUCUUAAAAUAAUACAUUUGAGAGAUAAGUUAUGCCUGUAAUUAAGGUGAUAAUUACACGAGACGAUUUACAACGACGAUUUCAGGGAUUCGUGAUUUUUUUUCUUGUUUAUCACUCUUUUACUCGUAGGACCCAGGUUUGCCUUUACUAUUUCAUGCUCUGUUGAGGAGAGAUAGCCCUUCUACCCUCCUUGAUUUGGUCGUGUAUGUAUAACUGAAACAUUUGUACAGAUUACCGGCCUAGUAGCUUAUAUUCAGUCAUGAACCGCUUUAUGGGACUUUCUCUCAUUUGACCUAUGGUGUAUUAAGGUAAUGAGAAGCAAGAAUAUAACUAUGCAUAAACUUGCAGUACUCAUAGGUAGCCUCAUUCAUUAUUAGCUUUUUUCGUGAGUAGAAUCUCUUGAAGGGCGUCAAUUUACUUCCCUAAACUCAGUAAAUAAAACGCAACUUUUUAUACGUCAGGUGUGAGAUUGGUUGGAGGAAAUUGGCCCGGAGAGGGCAGAGUGGAGAUCUAUUAUAGAGGUAGAUGGGGAACUGUUUGCGACGAUUUGUGGGAUAUAAAUGAUGCGCGAGUUGUCUGUCGUCAACUUGGGUAUCCUUCUGCUGUCAGUGCUCCACACUGGGCACGGUUUGGCCAAGGGAGUGGAAAGAUUUGGCUGGACGAUGUUCAAUGUCAGGGAAAUGAAAGGUCCAUUGGGAAUUGUAAUCACUCUUCAUGGGGUGUUCAUAACUGUGGUCACAGUGAGGAUGCAUCUGUGGUCUGCUCGAGUAAGUAUGAUAUCUAUUUAUGGUGAACAACUUAAUUGGCUAUUAGAGACCUUUAGCAUCAGGUAAACCGCAAACCGUAGUCCGCAAACCGCAGUUACGCGUUUGCAGUUUCGCGUUGCCGAGAUUUCAAACUUUAGCAAGGCGUUCAGUUCAGUUCAUUUUUAUUCAGCCAAAACACAAUACAAUACAAGAACACAUGUAGGAAUUGUAAGGUUGCAAGGGAGCCCUGAAGAAACCAGAAGGCUUUAUGAAGCCUGGGUUCCCCAGUCUAAAAGAGAUAACCAAAAUAAAAUGAUACUCGCGGAGUGACACGUUUAAUAAAAAUAGGAACCAAACAGAGACUGAGUUAAGUUAUGAAUUCAGAAACAAGAUAGAAAAAAAAAUUUAACUCUGGAUUGGAACAGAAUACUUUCCUUUGUUAGUACGGCAGAAAGGAAUAUAAAAUUGAUUUGAACUACGCGUUCAUUGUUUAGGGCGGCCAUGUUGUUUUCAUCAAGUCGAAGUGCAUCACUUUAAUCGCCCAAAACUCAGCAAUAAUUCAUUGAUUCGAGAUCAAAAAUCUAACAAACACAUCGCAAACGGAUACAAAAGCUAGUUCAUAUCUUCAAACGCGAGGCUGUACAAUUUUUUGUGGCAAAAAACCUUGCCGUAAAUCACUUACCGCUGGAAGCCCUUCCUGCGGUUCAAACGUGAACUGCAAACUGCAAACGUGACCGCAGGGCCGUGGUCACGUGACAUUUUGCGGUUUGCGGUUUGCCGUUUCCCAUGAAAAACCUGAUGCUAAAGGUCCCUAUUAACAUGGAACGACCGAAGAGUUAAAACUAGGCCUGUACUGAUUGUACUCUGAACCCUUUCAGCAAUUUUCUGUCGGUUCUGGCAACCUCGACCAACUUUUAGCCGUUCUGGGCAAUUUUGAGCAAAAUAAAAGUUUAGAGCACAUAUCAAGCCCGAGAAAGUGAAAAAAAACAACGUCGGCCUUCAGUUCCACACUUCAAGUUGACUUCAGUAGAGAAUCAUAAGCUGAUCACUGAUGAGGAUUUGUUCUUGUUUUAACAGACUAUUCAAUCCCUUUUCCCUCUGCAAGUUCAGUCUCACCUACAGCAGGUAAUUGCAAGUUUGUGCUAUAAAACAUGCUUCACAGGUACACUUAGAUGCAGAUCAUUUUGUGAGAGGACACUUUUUGUAAGUGAAACCAUGACGAAGAAAAACAAAUUUGGUGUUAAAAUUAUUCUUUGCUGAAACUUAAGCCAAUAAUAGGAAAACGGAAGAACAGGUAACUUUAACAUGUACAUGUGCAGUCAGCCUGUCUAACCUAAGAUUAUUAAAUGUCAAACCAAUGACUCUCCUGUUAACGUUUCAUUUGUAACGUGAUAUAGGUCUAUUUUCCCUAUAUGAACGUUGGAUUUCAUUUGCAGGUGCUGGUGAAGAAUGAACCUGUAGGGAUUUAAGGCUUCAAGGGUUCGAGUUACAGGACCUUUUAGCUUAGUCACACUCCAAAAUAUGCUAAUAACAUGCUUGUGCUCAUUAAACUAAGUUUAUUGUAUUAAAUACAAAAUGUUAAUUCAGUUCUACUUUCUCUAAUUUCUUCAGCAAUGUCCACCGGUCGGCCUUCAGCAUCGAGUGAGUAAAAUCAUCGUGGAGUCCCACGCGCGCGAGCAAAGCAAAUUUGGUUCGGUGCGGUACAGUCGUCAGUCCGUCCACCAGUCCGCCCACACCACAGGGCAUCAACGUUAAAUCUCACACUUUCUCGCUAGUGGGAGAGCCUGCAACCUGAUAUUGUAAAUCCAUGUUGUGGUCAAUUGACUGCUGUCAAAACAGAGUAUCCACUGACCAGUAUCACUUGACCUUUUCGCGGGCAGAGGUGUCGACCCAUCGAGGUUACGUGUUUUUAUGAAGUUAUCCGCUGACAAGUUACGAGUAUUCAAUUCCAAGUGCAAGAGCUUUGCAUUUAGCCUUGGUUAAAUCUAUAUAUUAAAAAUCAUCAGUAAGGCGGCCGAAAAGAAAACCGAGAAUGUUGAUUAAGACGGAGAAAGGAUGCUUAUACACUUGUGAAUGAGUGUUCUUUCUUCUCCUUCAUUAGCUAUUUAAAACAACUUUCUAACAAACAAAUAUUUGAUGAAAAUUAUUUCUUGCUGGAAGUUAAGGAAUAACAUCCCCCCUGUCGCCCACGGCGACAUUUAUAUGCCGCCUUAUCUCAACACAUUGCAGUGGGGAAUUUCUAAUGUUCAUCCACCAAUUAUUCUCCUGUUUACAUUUCUAACAUAAAAGGUGCAUCUUCCCUUCAUAACAAUAACAACGCUGGGUUUAAUUUCACGCGGUUGCAGGCGAGGUAGCAAAUAGAAGCGUCUGGAUUUAAGGGUUAGGGCUCGAGUUACAGGACCUUUAGCUUAGCCAUAUCCCAAAAACCUGCAAAUUAAUCUCUCCAAUGCGCUAUUCACACGCCUGUGCCAUUACAAUUAGCUAAUUGUUUUAAAAGCAAUCUUUAAUUCAGCUCUACCUUAUCUAAUUUUUUUUUUCAGCAAUGCCCACCCCUUGGCCUUCACCAUGGAGUAAGUAAAAUCAUAGUAAUUCAGUCAAGCGGAAAAAAAACAAUGCUGAUUAAUUUAAUAUUCAAAUUUUGUGAAGAGAAGAGAGUAUAAUUGGACAGAGAAGGAAUCUUAGGGCGUUAAAGUAAAGUUAUUUUUAGAGGUUGUAAUUAAACGGAAGUAUAAUGCCUGAGACCUCCUUGUCGAAGGUUAUUCUUGCUGGCACUCAACGAAUAACAUUCCCUGGUGACAUUUACAUGUACUGUUGACCUCUCUAAACACAUUGCGGCUAACAAUUACAUGUUUUGAUGUCAAACUCAUUAUUCUCCUAUUUAAGUUUCAAACAUAUCCCAUUAACUUAGCUACACCCAAAACCCUGCGAAUUAAACCUUGUGCUAAUAACACGUUUGUGCUGAAAGCACAACUAGUUUAUUGUAUUAUGCACAAAAUUUUAAUUCAUUUCUACUUUUUCGAAUUUUUUUUAGCAAUGGCCACCCAUCGGCCUUCACCAACGGGUAAGUAUCUAAAACUCAAAUUAUUGGUCAAGCAGAAAAAAGAAUAAUGCUCUGACAGAUCUAGAGUGCCUUGUUUAUUAUGUUAGGAAUCUGAAGCAAAUAUGACAACGAAGACAGCGAAAAUGACGCAAAAAAGGGCUUCCUAAGUUAUGCUAAGAGUACCGUUGGAAGCUUAAGCUAAGAAUGUUACGUGAAUCACUAAAAGCAGGAUUCUGACGUGAUAUGACGUCAUAGAACCUCCAUUUUGAAUUUUGAUUCCCUCAGAUACCCAGUUAACAACGACGUCAGCAUACUGAAAUAUUUAUUUUAGCAUUUUAUUCUCAAAAUAAUAUAUUUGAGAGAUAAGUUAUGGUGAUAAUUACACGAGACGAUUUACAACGACGAUUUCAUGGAUUAGUGAUUUUUUUUCUUGUUUAUCACUCUUUUACUCGUAGGACACAGGUUUGCCUUUACUAUUUCAUGCUUCCCGUCAGCUAUGGUGGCUUACAUAGCACGUGACAGUUUGCCCUUGGGAUCGGAUGCCCGUCUACUUCAUCUUAACGAUCCUAGCUGUGGUGUGAAUUAUUUGACCAAGAAGAGUGUUAUUAUAAAGGCUCCUCUGAAAGGCUGCGGAACAGUUCGAAGGUAAAAAUGAACUCUGAAAAUACGGAUCAAUAACGUAAUUUUUGGUAAUUAGUGAGCAACAAGCCCCCUUUUGAUUUCAGCGCUGUUAAAUAUAUUAUAUAUUUAAAAAAUCUUAUUUUGGUAGAUGUAGACCUUUUAAAUGCUUCAAAAGUCCUGUUAGAAGCCUACUAGGCCAGCUUAACCCUGAUUAAACCUGUUUUUACCCGCCUUUUAUGGUAAGGAUGGUUGAAAUAUUUCUCAAAAGUCUGGCGAGUCCGAUCUUGACUGUAAAAUCUUAACCUGUAAUGCCUUGUUAGCCUGGUCUUUCCAGGAUUUUCUAAUAUAGGCCUUACUUAUAACAAUUAAAGCCUGGUACGUACGACUGGUUUCCCCGGAGUCGGUUGGUGAGCCUUGGUUCUAUUUGGUACAACUUUUAGAUGUGUAAUUCACAUAAAUUAUUGUUUUAGAAGCUAAAACGGUGCCACAUUUAAAAAUUACACUUAAAGUUUUGUUGAAAUGACUCUUAGUUGAAAGUAUUCUCUGAAACUGAGCUUUGUGAACCUGGUUUCAGGUUUAACUAAAGAUGUACCAUGAAAGACAUAUUUUAAGUUUAUUCGAGCCUAUUUCUAAGUAGGAGGGCCGGCCAAGGAAACGGACUGAUGGUACGAUAUAUGGACAUGACAGUUUAAAAACCUGCUACGCAACUGGCAAAAACACUCUGAAGCUUACGGAGGUUUUUUCCCCUAAAAUGAAGUUUAUAUUUUCCAAACGUUUUAGGAACUUUGAAAUUACCUACAUGUGACAAAAUGGCGGUUUUUCUCUUGGACUAGUAAAAAUGAGUCCAGUUGAGAGAGAAAUACAUUUGUUACUUUUAACACGGAUUCCUGUUGACAACUAUGGAGCUCUGAAUUUUCAUCUUGCAUGUUUGACCAGGAACAUCGGGUACAGAGUAUUCUUCCAUAACAAGGUGGUGGUACCCUUUGGAAAUGGAAACAAGAGAUCUCUGUCCGUGUUUCCGUUCAAGUGUGUUUACAGUCAUUUUGGCUUUCCUUGAGAAGUGUUUCAAGCUACUCCAUAAUCCCAACCAAGGUAAGGAAUGAUGGAUACACUGUGAUUUUGGCAAUUAUUAAGCGUACUCUUUCAGUGUGCUCGGGUUUCACCUUAACUUGUUGAAGAACAAUUAAUUCAUAGAGAACAAAGGAAGUCAAUUCCUUAAAAUAAGUUAACAAAUGAUAAUCCGUUUAGUUACCCGCAUAGCUUUAAAUUUCUUCAAGGAUUGUGACCACAAUGGCUUCAGCGAAGCUACAGAGAUUUUAUCACCCUCUUGAGAGGAACUUCGAAUUUUAUUGGUAA